AAGAGCUUGCGCCGUACUCUCCACGGUCUGAGCACCUCGAAGACGCAAGAAGCAAUGAGGAUGGCGGUUUUGGUCACGUGAUGGCAAGGCCACAAACGACUUUGAAGCCACCUUCGACCGCGCAAGACUCGUCAAUGAUGGGCCCGGAGGACGACGGCUUGAUCCCGGAGCCUACGUCUGUUCAAGCGACUGAAAAUGACUCCUACCAAGAUGAUGGCGGCCUCACCGCUUCCGAGAAACCCAGUGAUCUCUACCAAGCGACCGGCGACUCCGACACGACAGUUCAACUGGAAGAGCCAAGAUAUCAAGACGAUGAGCCGACGACAGAUGAGACGACACGCAGAGCAAACGGUGAGAUGACGUCGACCGCGGUGCGACUAGCAGAAGCGUCGAGCGUGGGUGAACAAGAGGGACAAACAACCCCCGUUCAAGGCGAGCCAGCGCUCAUGCAGGCGUCUCCACGCCGGAUCCACGCCAUUGUAAAGAAGCCCAUUGUACAUUACCCAGCGCCGCCGCCAGCGUCCAGCAGCACUGUCGCUAUCGCGGACGUUGACACAGAUGCGACGAUGCCGCCCCGGUCCAAAGACAUGGCUAUCAAAGCAUCCGGGAUGCCAGUAGUCGUAUCUCGGAACGAGCCAGAGCUUACAGGGAGCUCGAUGUUGGUGGGUCCAGCAGCAACGGUCCCCGUGUCCACAACAUCGACGUUGCUCGACGAGCUCGAGCACUACGACAUUGAAAUUGAAAAGGUCGUCAAGGAGAUCGAAGAGCUCACGCGUCUUCAGCGCCAGCGCCAAGCGACCAAGCCUCCGCUCGUUGCAAACGAGAGCUAUGUGCAGUUGCACCAGACAGCACAAACGACGCCGACGCCGCGCACGAGCCCCAAGAAAGCCGGACACACGAGUCCGCGACGAGAUAGCCCGCGCAAGCUCGACCCGAUCCCCAUGACCAAGGAGUCUUCCAACGAAGAGGAAGAAAAGAAGCCCGAGGACCCACCCCCGAGCUACGCUCGACCAACACGGUCUCGCGCCUCCCACCUCGACGCGCCCCCCGAGAGCCCCCGCAAACUGCGAGCGGCCGUCAAGCCCCCAUCUCGAAUACAGGCGCCACGACAGCGCAAGCCAGCGAUACACGAUGACAAGGCGUCCGAAGUACGAAAGGAAGCGGCGACGAAAUCGGACAAGACGUUGCCGCCCAUCGAACACAAGGACACUGCGAGAAAGAAUCUCCUGGGUGUCCCCGCGCACAUACUCGAGGACGGCGGCGUGUACCCGUGGAGCAAGCUCAUGCAGCAAGUGAUCGUGCCCCAGGGCACCGACUCGCCUGUCGUGUACGUGCCGAUAUUUAAUCCGGCGUACAUUGCCGAGCUCAAGAAAGCAUGCCCCGCCAAACCGUCUCCGAUCAAACCAUCGCCGACCAAGCCGACGCGCCAUGUGCGACGCACCAAUGCCAAACCAACGUGAGCGCACAUGGAAUAGCACGGAAGACGAUCAAUAUACAGAAGCUAUGCGUCGAC